AUUUCAAGAAUUUAAUCCAAUCCAAUCCCCAAAACUGUUAUAUUCUAUUAAACUUAUAUUCUACUUUCUUUUGCCAAACUGAGCAUAACUCAAGUGAUUAAGACACUUCCUCCCACCGCAUAAAUCUUUUUAUUCUACUUUCCUUUUGGAUGACCUAUUUAAAUCAUAAUGUGAAAAGGAAAAAAAAGAAUCACAAUGGAAACCCAUUAACGCCACGAAUUAAAUUUAACUAAGAUGCAAGUUUUUCUUUUCCUUUUUUCCUUGGAAAAAAGAAACAUGAUCUGUGAGUAUAUAUUCCAAUCCAUAGAUGUCUAGAACGAACCUAUUACUUCAUAGAGGUUGCUGUUGAUUCAACUUUUGAGUGGUUAAAAACAGGCAGUUUCAUAACCCUCCAUUUGGCAGAGAAGAUUGAGUUUGAGCCACCAAAAUCAAUCCCCAUGAGCAAAUUAGGACUAAUAAUUUUGCUCCUCAUCUCCAUUGAUCUCUCCCUCCCAAUUUGCCAUUCAGCUGAAACCAAUUUCACCAUCAAACCUGAGGAUCUCUAUAAGCAGCAGCUGAAACAGGGGAGACCUACAAAAGAUUUAGAGGGCGAGAGGAAGGAGAGUGAAGAAACAGGUGCCGGAGCUACGGCGGGGAAGAUGAUGAGAGCGAGAGGAGUGUACGGCGGCGCGAGCGACAUGCGGCGGGGACACUCGAAGAACGACGCUACCUCUCUACGGAUUAAAUCAAUUCCUUCAUCGUUUUGGGAAGUUUUAUGUGUUGUUGUCGUUGUUACGGCUACAGGUUUGUUUUAAGUGACAGUUGUGUGUUGUAGCAGAACAGUGAGUCUGAGAGAUGGAUAUUUAUGUAAAAGUUAGAGAAAUUAAAAAA